AUGGUUCUUUGUUUAUUAUUAGCAGCUUGGACCGGUUGGUACAAUACGCUCAUAUCCUACAAGCAACAAUACAAUAAUGCUGUUUGGUAUUAUAAUCGUACUGGCCGAUAUCAAAAUAAUUCUAGACAACUUUUACAAAAUAUUAAUAACCUAAAAACACUUUAUAACAAAGCUAAAUUAGAAACAGAAAAAGCUAAAAAAGAAUACGAAAAUAUGAGAAAAAAAUAUGAAGAAGAAAAAAAACUACAUG